GGGUGGGGCGGUGUGUGUGGGGGCGCAGCGGCGGGGCUUGCGGGACGGGUCGCCGGAGCUUCAUGGCGCGAGCGCUGGCUGUGCCGGCCGCUGCAGGUGACGGGGGCGCAGCGAGGGCCACGGCGGCCCUGGGCAGUUCUAAAAGAUGAGUCGUGGAUAUUCAGAGAACAACAAUUUCUUGAACAAUAACAACCAAAUGGUAUUGGACAUGAUCCUUUAUCCAUUAAUUGGAAUCCAUCAGACCAUCAACUGGGAAACUGUGGCAAGGCUUGUGCCUGGAUUAACACCCAAAGAGUGUGCAAAAAGGUUUGAUGAACUGAAGAGCAGUGGAAGUUCCCCUGUUGACAACCAGUAUAGUCCUCUAAUGGCUGCUGGAGAGAGUCCUGUGGAAACUUUAGCCACGUAUAUCAAAUCCUCCCUUCUUGACAUGCAAGGAGAAUUUCAGGAGACUCCGGUUGGUCAAGAUGCAAUUUCCAAAGCAAGAAGACAUAGUAUAGCUUCCACAAGGAAUUGUUCUUCAGAAAGUGAAAAUUGUACUACUCGUAAUGGUGGAGAAAAGACUGAAGAAUCUGAAGGGCCAAACAUGGUGAUCCAUGUAUGUGAUGAAGCAAAAAACUUGAAAGAAGAUUUUAUUUGCCCACGAGAUCUUUUGAUAUCAGAAAUGAAGUACUUUGCUGAAUAUUUAUCUAUGGAUGCCCAGCGCUGGGAAGAGGUGGACAUUUCAGUUCAUUGUGACGUUCACAUUUUCAACUGGUUGAUAAAAUAUGUUAAAAGGAACACUAAGGAGAAUAAAGAUCGUGAGAUGCCCACUUUAGAGCCAGGAAAUGUCAUUUCAAUUCUUAUUUCUUCAGAGUUUUUGAAAAUGGAUUCAUUGGUUGAACAAUGUAUUCAGUAUUGCCACAAAAAUAUGAAUGCCAUAGUAGCUACCCCAUGCAACAUGAACUGUAUUAACGCAAAUCUUCUUACACGUAUAGCUGAUCUGUUCACACACAAUGAAGUUGAUGAUUUAAAGGACAAGAAGGAUAAAUUUAGGAGUAAACUUUUUUGUAAGAAGAUUGAGAGACUUUUUGAUCCUGAGUACUUGAACCCAGAUUCCCGGAAUAAUGCGGCGACGUUAUACAGGUGCUGUUUGUGUAAGAAACUUUUAACAAAAGAAACAGAAAGAAGAAUUCCUUGCAUUCCUGGAAAAAUCAAUGUGGAUCAACAUGGAAAUAUUAUCUACAUUCACAUAAGGGAUAAGACUUGGGAUGUUCAUGAAUAUUUGAAUAGUCUUUUUGAAGAAUUAAAAUCUUGGAGAGAUGUAUAUUGGCGCUUGUGGGGAACAGUCAACUGGCUAACUUGUUCAAGAUGUUAUCAGGCUUUUCUCUGUAUAGAAUUUUCACACUGUCAAUAUCAUUCAGAAACAGUGGUUUAUCCUACUGCAGCAAGUUCACUGAGUACUGUUGGCACUGGUAUUUAUCCCUGCUGUAACCAAAAGGUUCUUCGGUUUGAUCCCACUCAGCUUACAAAGGGCUGUAAAGUGAAGGACCACGUUGUUGCUCUUCAUGAUCAAGGUGAAGGUGGAGAUUUGCCAUCCUGUCCAACUGAUAAAAUACUGGACGAUCUGCACAAACACAAAGAUGUCAUUGUUGUGCCUUUUUCUAAAGAUACAGUUAGUGAUUCUGAGGUUGGUCCCUGUGAUGAAAAGGGUCUAGAUUGUGAUGUUUUACUGGAGCCAAAUACACCAUGGGGCCCCAAAAGUGGGGAGCUCAAUGCUUUUUUGUCACUGAAAAACUGGACUCUGCAACUGAAACAACAAUCGUUAUUUUCAGAAGAAGAAGAAUAUACCACUGGAUCUGAGGUCACUGAAGAUGAAGUUGGAGAUGAAGAAGAAAUAUCCAAGAAACAAAAUACCUAGGAGUGGAAUUGCUGGGUCUUUUGGUAAGUGUAUGUUUAACUUUAUAAGAAACUGCCAUACUGUUUUGCAAAGUGUACCAUUUUGCAUCUCACCAGCAAUGUAUGAGAGUUCCAGUUGCUACACGUUUCUACCAAUACUUGGUAUUAAUUACUUUUUUUAACUUUAGCCAUUCUAGUGGAUAUAUAGUUCUAGGCAUCUUCUCAUGUGCUAAUUGGCCAUUUAUAUAUCUUUUUCAUGAAGUGUUUGUUUAAAUUAUCUUCUAUUUUUUAGUUGGAUUGUUUGCCUUAUUAUUGAAUUAUAAGCAUUCUUUAUAUAUAUUUUGGAUACAAGUCAAUAUGUUUUGCAAAUAGCUGUCCCCAGUUUAUGACUUGCCUUUUAAUUUUAUUAGUGAUGUCUUUUGAACAAGAGCCAAAGUUUUUAACUUCACAAACUCUAAUGUUUUAAUUUUCUUUUAUGUUUCAUGCUUUAAUAACAGAAAUCUUUGCUUACCCCAAGGUCACAAAGAUUUUCUGUUGUUUUCUUCUAGAACUUGUAUGAUUUUAACUUUUGUACUUAAGUCUGUGAUCCUUCCAGGUUAAUUUUUGUAUAUGGUAUGAGUUAAGGGUUGAGCUUCCCUUUGUUUUCCUUUAGGCAUAGCCAGUUUUCCCAGAAUGAUUUGUUGAAAAGAAUGCUCUUUCCCCUUUGGAUUACCUUGACACCUUUAUUUAAAAAUCAACUGAUCAUUUACAUGUGGAUCUAUUUUUAAACUCUUUGUUCUCUUUCAUUGAUUCUUAUGUCUGUUUUACAUCAGUAUAUCAAUACCAUAGUCUUAAUUUUUGUAGUUUUUAGUGAUUCUUGAAAUCUGGUGAUGUAUGUCCUUCAAAAUUGUUCUUUUGUUUUAGAUUACUUUGGUAUUUCUAGGUGCUUUGCAUUUCUUAUACAUUUAAAGUAAAGGUCACUAUUUCUACAAAAAUACUGUUGGAAUUUUUAUUGGGAUUGUGUUGAACCCAUAUAUCAAUUUGGAGAGAAUAACUUUUUUUUUUUUUUUACAAUGGCAAGUCUUCCAAUCCAUGAAUAUGGAAUGUUUCUCCAUUUAUUUAAUUCUUUAAUGUCUCUCAAUAAUAUUUUAUAGUUUCAGUAUGCAGAUAUUAAACAUCUUUUAUUAAAUUUAUUCCUAAGUGCUUUUUUUAUUCUGUUACAAAUGAAAGUAGGUUUUUAAAAAUUGUCCAGUUUUUCAGUUGGAAAAUUUUUCAGUUGCUCCAAAUGACCUUUUUUCUGUGUCCUUGCUAAUUUCACUUAAUUUUUCUUAUUAGAUUCCUUUCCAAUACGUAUGCCUUGUAUUUCUUUGUCUUGCCUUUUUGCACUGGUUAGGACCUCAUGUUCAAUAGAAGUGGUGAGAACAGACAUCCUUACCUUGUUCCUAUCUUAGGGGGAAAGCAUUCAGUCUUUAUCCAUUAAGCAUGUAAUGUUAGUGGUUGGUUUCUCAGUUUCUCAUAAAUGCCCUUUCUCAGGUUGAAAAAGUUUUUUUCUGUUUCUAAUUUGCUGAAUUAUAGUGAAUGGGUAUUGAAUUUUGUCAAAUACUUUUUCUCCAUCUAUUGAGAUGAUGAUCUAGGUUUUCUCCAUAUAUCAGUAUGAUGAAUUACAUUGGUUUUUCAAGUGUUAUACCAGUCUUCUAAGGUAAACUCCAGUUGGUUAUGAGGUAUUUGUUUUUUUAUAUAUUAAUGUAAUUCGACUUGCUGGUAUUUUGUUAAGGAUUGUUUGUGUUGGGCGCCUGGGUGGCUCAGUUGGUUAAGAGACUGCCUUCGGCUCAGGUCAUGAUCCUGGAGUCCCUGGAUCGAGUCCCGCAUCGGGCUCCCUGCUCGGCAGGGAGUCUGCUUCUCCCUCUCCCACUCCCCGUUUGUGUUCCCUCUCUCGCUGUGUCUUUCUCUGUCAAAUAAAUAAAUAAAAUCUUUAAAAAAAAAAGGAUUGUUUGUGUUUAUGAGCGAUAUUAGUUGUUUUUAGUUUUCUGUGAUGUCUUCAAGUUUGGUUACCAGAAUAAUACUGAUCUUGUAAAAUGAGUUGGACAGUGUUCCCCUCACUUCUCUUUUCUGAAAGAACUUGUGUGCUAUUUGUAUUAUUUCUCCCUUAAAUAUAUGAUAAAAUUCAGCAGUGAAGUCAUCUGGGCCUAGAGUUUUCAUUAUGAGAAGGUUUUUAAUUAUGAUUUUAGUAGCUGUAAUAUUGUACUAUUCAAGUCUUUUAUUUCUUCUUGAAUCUGUUUGAUAACUUAUGUCUUUCAAGGAAUUUCUCCAUCUUAUCCAAGUUGUCAAAUUUAUUGGCAUAAAGUUGCUUAUGGUGUUUUCUUAUCCUUUUCUGUCUGAAGGAUCUGUAGUGAUGUCCCUCUUUCAUUGAUGAUAUUGGUGAUUUGUGUUUCAUCACUUUUUUCUUGAUCAGUUUAGCUAGAGGUUUAUUUUAUUGAUCUUUUCAAGGAAUGAGCUUUUGAUUUUAUUGACUUCUUCUGCAGUUUGUUUUAUAUUUCAUUGAUUUUCACUCAUAUUUAGUAUUUCCUUCCUUGUAAUUACUUUGACUUAAUUUCCUUUUUUUUCUUUUUCAGCUUCUUAAGGAACUUAAAUCAUUGGUUUUUUAUUUUUCUUCUUUUCUAAUAUAAACAUUUAAAGUUAUAAGAUUUGCUCUCAGCACCACUUUAACUAUUUCCGAAGACUUUGCAUGUCUUGUUUUCAUUUAUAUUCAACACAGAAUAUUUUCUAAUUCCCCUUAUGGUUUUUUUAUUUGACCCAUGUGUUAUUUAGUAGUAUGUUGUGUAAUUUCCAAAAAUUUUCAGAUUGUCCAGAUACUUUUCAGUUACAGGUUUCUAAUUUAAUCCCAUAAUGGUCAGAGAACAUACUCAAUGUGGUUUCAUCCCUUACAUUUUAUUGACACGUGUUCCAGAUGUGAAUGAAAAGAAUAUGAAUUCUGUUAUUGGUGGAGUGGUCUAUAAAUGUCAAGACAGGUUGGUUUGGUUGUCUGUUACAAAUCUUCUGUAAUCGUGCUCAUUUUCUGACUGCUCAUUUCUGACUUCUUUUUUUUUUUUUUUAAGAUUUUAUUUAUUUAUUUGACAGAGAGAGACACAGCGAGAGAGGGAACACAAGCAGAGGGAGUGGGAGAGGGAGAAGCAGGCUUCCCACAGAGUGGGGAGCCCAAUAUGGGGCUCGAUCCCAGGACUCUGGGAUCAUGACCUGAGCCGAAGGCAGACACUUAACGACUGAGCCACCCAGGCGCCCCUCAUUUCUGACUUCUUGUUCCAUUGAUUAGUAAAAGAGAGUGUUGAAAUCUCCAGCUAUAAUUAAUUUACAUACUUUUCCUUUUAAGUCUACUAGUUUUUACUUUGUGUACAUUAGAGCUUUGUGAUUAGGCAUGCAUUUAUAGUGUAUUGACUCUUUUAACAUUAUGAUGUAUUCCUCUUUGUCUACAGUAAAAUUGCUUGUCUUGAAGUCUAUUUUGUUUGGUGUUAAUAUAAUCACUGUAGAUUUGUUUACUAUUUGAAUGGCAUAUCUUUUUGCUAUCCUUUUAUUUUUAACCUCUUUGUGUUUUCUGAUUUAAAGUCUGUAUCUUGUAGGUGGCAUGUUGUUGGAAACUGCUUUUUUUUUCCAGUUUGACAAUCUUCACCUUUUGAUUGGAGCAUUUAUUUUAUUUAUAUUUAAUGUGUUUAAUGAUAUGGUUGUAUUAGUUCUGCCAUUUUUUUUUUUUUUUUUUAAUUUUAAGUAGGCUCCAUGUCCAGAUUGGAGCCUAACACGGGACUUGAACUCAUAACCCCAAGACCAAGACCUGAGCUGAGAUCAAGAGUGGGAUGCUCAACUGACUGAGCCACCCAAGUGCCCCUAGUUCUGCCAUUUUGCUGUUCACUUUCUAAUUGUCUCAGAUGUUUUUGCUUCUCUUAUUUCUCCUUUCCUGCUUUUUUUUGUGCUAAGAAAAUAAUUUUAGUAUAUCUUUUAAAUUAUUUUACUGGCUUUUUAGUUAUAUUUCUUUGCAUUUGAUUGUUCUAAGGAUUACAACAUGAUCUUUAACCUAUCACAAUCUACUUAAAGCUAAUAAGAAUUACUUGAGGUAAAAUAUAACCUUAAAAUAAUAUAGUUUCCUUAGCUUCCCCUUCUUUGUGCUAUUGUUAUAUGUCUAUAUAUAUUAUAUAUAAUUAUGUUAGGGUUAUGAUUUUUGUUUUAAACAGUGGUAUGUCAUCCAAAGAAUGUAGGAGAAAAAAGAAAAAUAUAUACAUUUAGUCUUUUAUAUAUAUCUACAUAUUUACUAUUUUUUUAUAUCUGAGUUACCAUGUGAUGUUAUUUUCUUUUAUUCUGAAGAACUUUUAUUUUCUAUAGUGCAGGUAGUCUAGCAAUAAAUUCUUUCAUUUUUAUUUAUCUGAAAAUGUCUUUAUUUCACCCUUUUUUUAAAGAUUUUAUUCUUAAGUAAUCUCUGCACCCAACAUGGGGCCUGAACCCACAACCCCAAGAUCAAGAGUCAUCUGCUCUGAGCCAGCCAGGCACCCCUCACUUUUGUUUUUUAAGUACAGUUUUCUUCAGUAUGGAUUCCUGUUUAACAAUUACUUUUUUUCUUUUAGCAGUUUGUGUUUCAUUCCAAUAUCUUCUGGCCUCUAUUUUUUCUGAUGAGAAGUCAAUCAUUGAUAUAAUUGUUCCCCUGUAUGUAAUGUGCCCUUUAUAUCUUGAUUCUUUCAAGAUUUUAUUUUUUACUUUCAGAAGCCUAUGAUAUGUCUAAGUGUGGUUUCCUUAAUGGCUAUCUUACUUGGUCUUUGUUGAGCUUCUUGGAUCUGUAAAUUAAUGUUUUAAACAAAAUUUGGGGAGCUUACAGUCAUUAUUCCUUUAAGUACUUUUUCUGUCCCUUUCUCUCACUUACCUUCUGGAACUUCAACACGUGUAUGUUAGACCUUUUGAUGUUGUCCCAUAGGUUUCUGAAGUUUUGUUUCUUUUUCUUCAUUCUUCUCUAUGUUUUUUGGAUUGGAGAAUUUCUAAUGCUUAACUUCACAUUUCACUGAUAUAUUCUCCUACCAUUUCAGACUUUCUUUUAAGCCCCUCUACUAAAUAUUUCGAUUAUUGUGCUUUUCAGUUCUAGAAUUUCCACUUGGUUCUUCUUUUAUAGUUUCUAUAUCUUUGUUGAGAUUUUGUAUGUGUUUAUUUAAUAACACCCUUUUCCCUUUCAACAUACUUAUAAUGGUUGUUUUGAGAUCAUUAUGAGCUAAAUCCAGUAUAUAAGCUCUCUCAGAAUCAGUUUCUAUUGACUGUUUCUUUUCUGAGUGGUUCAUACUUUUCAGUUUCUUCAUCUUGUAACUUUUGGUAGAUUAUCUGUGCAAUUCUGAAAUCUAUUUUGUUCUUCUGAGUAUUGUUGGGUUUUUUGUUCUAGUAGGCAGUUAACUUGCCUGACCCAAACUGCAAAAUCUGUCUACUUCAUGUCUCUGCCCAGGUUUUUCUUGGCUGCUAACUGCUCCUGUUUUAGCCUGAUCCCCAGGGUCAUCCAGCCUGUGUAGUUAUAGUAGUCAGGCAAGGUUUUGGACAGACUUUAUAUUCGGAUUUGGGAGCUUACCUGCUUAGUGGUUUUCUUGCUUUGUGGGUUCCCCCUAGAUUUCUAGUUGUUUUUCCAGUCCCAAGUUGGGCUCCUGCUGUCAGAGCUUGAGCUCUAUACAUUUUGGGAAAGCAUUUAGUCAAAGGCACAAGAAACUUUGAUCUCUCACCAAAAACAAUUCUGUCUUGCAAGCGUCAACACCCCAACCUAAUUUCUGCUUGCCUGUUUAGCUGGAUUUCCUCGGGUCUCCCAUACACUUUCAUAAUUUAAUACUCAUUUGAGCAGAGUUUACAGUCAUAUUUUAGAUCUCAAGUCUUUUGUGACUUUCUCCCAAAAUUUUCCAUUUAAACUUCCAGCUUCUCUUACUUUGAAUUCUAACAUCUUUUUCCUGGAACUCAUAAGGCUGUAAUUUUCCUCCCUUGGCUCAAGGUAUUAGGAAGGGCCCUCAGGCAGAAAGCCAUAAACUCACAGAUCUCACCUUAUGCAUCUAUUUUUUUUAAGUUUUUAAUUUUAAUUCUGGUACAGUUAACAUACAGUGUUACAAUAGUUUCAGGUGUACAAUAGAGUGAUUCAACAAUUUUUUUUUAAAGAUUUUAUUUAUUUGAGAGAGAGAGAGCAUGAGCAGUGGGGGAGAGGCAGAGGGAGAAGGAGAGGGAGAAGCAGACUCCCCGCUGAGCAGGGAGCCCGAUAUGGGACUUGAUCCCAGAACCUUGGAAUCAUGACCUGAGCUGAAGGCAGCCACUUAACUGACUGAGCCACCCAGGCGCCCAUGAUUCAACACUUCUAUACAUUACUCAGUGCUCAUCACUAUAAGUGUACUCUUUAAUCCUUGUCUCCUGUUUCACCCCUUCCCCUACCCCUCACCCACUUCCCUACCUUAUGCAUCUUUUAAAUAUAAACACUCAACUUUCUACCUCCCUUUGAUUAUUUGCCAGUACCUACAGAUAAUGGUUUAUAAUAUUUUUGUUCUGUUUUUAUCAUUGUUUUCUUUGGAAAGAACUUGUCUUCACAUUCCAUUAUCAAAUCUCACCCUAUCAUGUCUAUUAGCAAUUUUAUAACACUUGUUUAUCUCCCAUUUUAACUAUAAACACAUGUCAGGGACUCAGGGCUUGUCAGGAGGCAAAUCAGUCUAUCUAGAUUGUUAAUACUGUUUUUAUGUUAUUUUACUUUAUUUUAUUUUGAGAGAGAGAGAGAGAGCAAGCAUGAGUGGGGGAGAGGGGACAGAAGAGAGAGAAUCUUAAGCAGGCUCCAUGCCCAGCAUGGAGCCUGACUUGGGGCUGGAUCUCAAGACCCUGAGAUCGUGACAUGAGCUGAAAUCAAGAGUUGCACGCUUAGGGCGCCUGGGUGGCUCAGUUGGUUAAGCGACUGCCUUCGGCUCAGGUCAUGAUCCUGGAGUCCCUGGAUCGAGUCCCGCAUCGGGCUCCCUGCUCAGCAGGGAGUCUGCUUCUCCCUCUGACCCUCCCCCCUCUCACGCUCUCUCUCCCAUUCUCUCUCUCAAAUGAAUAAAUAAAAUCUUAAAAAAAAAAAAAAAAAA